GUCCAUGCCCGGUCCGAGUCAUAUCAUGAGAUGCAUCGCAUUCAACCCCUCCGUCGACGAAUGCCUACCCUCCCCCGCGCCGCCGCUACCCACCUCCCAUGGCUCCCUCCCCCUCCCCGAUCCAGCUGCCUCCCUCGACCGUCGGGAUGCUCCGCCAAGUCACCGCCCUCCCUCUCCAACGCCGCUGUACUCCGGUCCGUCAAGUCCCCUUCUGCUACCCCUCGCCAAGUCGUCGCAGUCUAUUCUGCCGCCUCCCGGCAGCUCGGAUUCCACCACGACCUUCCCACUUAUAAGGCCCUCCUUUCUUUCCUCGCCUCCAAACGCCGAUUCCGAGCCAUCGAGCUCCUCCUCGCCCGCAUGCCCCACGACGGCCUCCUCCCUGGCCCUGCGCUCCUCCUCCCCCUCGUCCGCUCCUUCUCCGCUGCUGGCCGCGGCCUCGACGCACUGCUCCGUACCUGCCCCUCUCCGCUCAGCGAACGGCUUCUGUCCUCUCUCAUCCACUCCCUCGCCCUCACCGGUGACCACAACAUCGCUCGAUCCGUCCUCGCCGCCGCCGCCGGUCUCGGCCAGCCACUUCACGCGAGGCAUUACUCCGGCCUCGUCAGAGCCCUCUACGACCGCGACGGAGUCAGAUCGGCGACCGAGUUCCUCGAUCUCCUGGCCGCAAAAGGCUGCUUCCCCGACGAGUUUUUCUACAGAUCGCUGAUCCGCGACAUCUGCCUCCGUGGCGGCAACUCAAUCACCGCCGCCUUUGAGGUGGUGGAACAGAUGAGGCGAAGCGGACGGGAACCCGAUGUGGUGGUUUGGAACACACUGGUUCAGGGCUGUGCGAGGCAGGGACAGAUGAGCAAGGCCGAGCAGGUGAUGGCGGAGAUGGAGCGGAAGAGUGGCGCCGCCAUCGCAGAUGCAUGGACCUACAAUGCCCUAAUUUCAGGGAUUCCUGACCGUCUGAUGAGCCAAGAUGGGAUCUUGGCCUUCCGUCGGAUGGUGGAGAGGGGGGUGUCACCGGAUGUAGUGACGUUCUCUGCACUGAUUGGUGGACUGGGCCGGGCAGGGAGGGUGUGGGAGUGCAAUGCAAUGUUGGGGAAGAUGGUCAGGUUGGGAAUUCCACCGGAUGUUGCCUGUUACAAGGUUCUGGUGGGCGUGUACAGAAUAAAUAACAUGCCAGAUGAUGCCUCUGCCAUUGCCGAAGCAAUGAAAUAUGAUCUCCUUGAUUCUGAAGGGGUUACCCUCACAAAUUGAGCAAGGGCUCUAUCCCAAACAUUUACAACAUCUUGCCAAUCAGAUUCUACUAUCAGCUUACUAAUUCUAAGUGGCCAGGAUUUUUCCAAUGUUUCCCUGAUAACCUAUUAUUGGAUUGGGUUGGUUGGUACAGUGUAAGAAGCCUCCAAAGCAUAUGCGUUCUUGGUUUCUGAAUAAGCCCCCCACACCUGCACAUCCAAAUGGUGGCACUGGCACCGUAGAUGCUUCACUCUUCAAUUUUAGUGUACCUCUAAGUGGUUUAUUUCUUUGAGGCUGUACUGAUGGCUCACUUGCCAAGACUGAAGAUUCAUCCAUAAGCAGGCUUAUCGUCUUUAACUAUGCAGCUAGAAUGCUAGCCAUGUAAGAGUCUUACUCUCGUUAGGAAUUUUAAUUGAACUAGGAAGUUUAGUGAUAAGAGGAAUCCUACUAGCUAUGAAUAUCACAUGAACCCAUCACCGAGUGAUUGGAAUUCAUUUCAAUCUUCACCCCUUUAGGUUUUUACCAUUGCAGUAGUUUAGAAUCUUUUAAAAACUAUAAAUAAAUGCCGACAUUAGCAAUGCAUCAUGGUUACUCAAAGAGUGAAAAUAUUAGUGAUUUGACAAUAAACUUUCAGUGAACAAUUAUCAUAUAAUUCAUUCCUUUUAUCACUCAA